GACCCUAGCGGCUCACUCUCGCCUUUCUACGGUUAUCAGACAGAGUUGGUGGUAAAAUGGCGUCGGAGCCGAACAAGACUGAGAUCCUAACGAUCUUCAAGCGGCUUCGUGCAGUGCCGACGAAUAGAUCCUGCUUCGAUUGCGGUGCCAAGAACCCAAGUUGGGCCAGCGUCCCUUACGGAGUGUUUCUAUGUAUUGACUGCUCUGGCUUGCACCGGUCCCUCGGAGUGCACCUCAGCUUCAUCAGAUCCACAGAGCUUGACUCGAACUGGAGCUGGUUUCAGCUGAGAUGCAUGCAAGUUGGAGGCAAUGCAAAUGCUACGGCAUUUUUCCGCCAACAUGGCUGCACAACCAAUGAUACAAAUGCAAAAUACAACAGCAGAGCAGCACAGAUGUACCGUGAGAAGAUCAGACAGCUGGCAAAUGCAGCCCUAUCCAAAUAUGGGAAUGAGCUGUGGAUCGAUGGGGCUGGUAGUUUUGCAGCACAAGUACCUGAGAAAAGAGACAGUGACUUUUUCACAGAAUAUACCCAGCCUUCCAGCCAGUGGGAUAUGGCAUCCUCUGUAACAGACAAGAAUAGUGUAGGACAAUCUCUGCCUCCUGAUGAUGCACUGAAAUUACAAGAAAAUGACAAUGGCCGAAAUUUUCAAGAGGCUGACCAGGAGGGGCCAAGUAUAGAAGGACUGAGUACAUCUCCUAAAACAGCAAUUGACAGUUCAAUGCUUUUGACCUCUGAAUUUCCUGUCUGUAAAGAAAUGAAACCAUCACUUAUAGGAAAGAAGAAGCCUGCUGCUACAAGAAAGCUUGGAGGAAAGAAGGGCUUGGGAGCUCAGAAAGUAAGCAGUCAGAGUUUCAGUGAGAUAGAACGACAAGCUCUGGUUGCUGAGAAGAUGAGGGAGCAGCAGGCAUGUGAAGCAAAGAAGCAAGUGGAGGAGUCAAUUGUAACAUCAAUGAGGUUGGCCUACCAUGAAUUACAGCUUGAGAAGAAGAAAGAAGAUAAAAAAUUGCAAAGUAUGGAUGGAAAGAAGAGAGAGCAAGCAGAGAGACUGGGGAUGGGUUUUGGAAGCCGAAGUGUGGUUUCACAUUCAGUACUCUCAGAAAUGCAACUAAUUGAACAAGAGACACCGGCAGCAGCAGCAAAGUUAUCAUGCUCUAAACUAGAUAUGUUGGAAGAGCCCGGCUUUACAUCCGGACCCCCAAAGUACAAGGAUAAUCCAUUCUCCACAAGUGAGGGUUUUAGCUCCAGAUGGGACUCUGACUCCAGCUCAGCUUUCACAUCAUGGGGCCUUGAAAAGGAAGAAUCUAAAGAGAUAGAAGUAACCAUGUCUAGCAUUCAUCCAGUUGGAGAAAGCCUUCCUAGCAGGCGGAAGCCUGAAAGCUGUGUGUCUUCAGUGGAGUCGAGUGAAGCACGUCAGAAAUUUGCUAAUGCUAAAGCCAUAUCUUCAGAUAUGUUUUUUGGCAGAGAGAGUAAUGCUGAGUAUGAAGCAAAGACUCGGCUUGAGCGGCUAUCAGGGAAUGUGUCCAUUAGCUCUGCUGACCUCUUUGGUGAUGAGUCACAGCGGUCCACCUCAGUGGCAUCACCUUUUGAAAGUGUUCUUCCAUCUGGACCUGAUAUAGCUCAGUUUAAACAAGGAGUGAAAACUGUUGCAGGAAAAAUGGCUGUAUUAGCAAAUGGAGUGAUGAAUUCAAUACAAGACCGAUAUGGAGCCUACUGAACCUUUCUUAAAUUCUGGAUCAACAGAUGGAAAAAAAAGAUGCUCAUCUCAAGUUUAAUUUUAAUUUCAACUUAAACUAUGGAAAUGACACAAUCAUCUGCCUGCAAAACCAGCUAAAGAACUUUUGGAAGCAUUAGUGGGUUUGACUAGCUCUUGGACACGAUAAAAGAAGCUAAGAACUGUGUUACAUGCUGUGACCGGGUAGAACAACCUCUAAAUGAAUUACUUACUGUCAGUAUUUCUCCUUGGUGGAAGAAACUUCAGAGAGAUGUUUCUCCUUAGAGGAGCCUAGGUCCGUUUUAUUUCUGACUCCAUUUUUUUUUCCUCCAUAAAAUACCUUCUCAAGAGAGGAGUUAGUUAUCUCAAGACUAGGAGAAAGCAGUAAAAUGUCAAAAAUCUUUAUCAUUUAGUUUUAACAAAUAGCUCGGAGCAAUUAUUUUUUAACAGGUGCUAAGUAACAGUUGUUUCAAAUAUAGUUACAAAUCUAACAGGUAAAAAUCAGGACUUAAUCAUUGAUUUUUUUUCAGUUGGCAAUCUGUACUUAACUGACAUUUGGUAAAAUGCUGCACGUUCACAAGUCUCAGAUAACCGCUAUUCAGAAAACCAAAGGGUUUUUUGAUUUAGUGCCACAAAAAUUCUGAUGAUGCAUGUUUUAAAAUAUGAUGUAAACUGUGUAGAUACCAGCUUUUGAAUUUUAUGAGUAGAUUAAUAUAUCAACUGCCUUAUUUAUCAGUGGACAUUUUUAAAGAUAGCUAUGGAUUCUGGGUAAUGUGGCUAAAGGUGGAGGUAUGUUGGAUGGCUUUGGGGGGAAAUGCAAAUUUCUGUGCAGACAAAUGUGGAUUUGCAGCUUCUACAACCAUGCAGUAUUUGACCUCAUCACUUUGAUCUCCUGAAACAAAUUUCUUUCCCUCAGUCUAUGCCACUUUUGCCUUCCACAUGAUUUACAUAAACUGUUGAGCUGAAGGCAAGAGUGUGUCACUGAUGUAAAGGGGUCAGUGGGAAUGAAAAGUCUCACCAAGAUACAACUACCUCCUGUUUAAAGGGGAAGACAUGAAAUGUUGGUUUCAGUCAAUAUGAGAUGCUGCACUAACUGAUGUGUAGCCAAGUACUGUUAAUACAAGAGCCUCCAUGCUUUUUGGAACCAGGGGUAACCUGGAGGCUCUAAUGAUCAGCUUCAGUCUCAUUGUUUGGCCUGUUUUUGAGGAACACCCUAGUGACCACCAGUAUUUCAAAGAGUGAAUUAACAUACAUGCAUAAAAAAAUGUGUCUCUUUCUGUAGAAGCCAAUAUUCAGGUCAGCUUCUGGAAAUCUUUUACAACAUGCCAAGGAACAGCCCUAUUUACUGACCCUGUUUUAGAGAUGUUUUCCACUUAGCAGACCUGUGACUCAAUGAAACCACACUCGUGAGAGUUAAUUAUUUAUUGUGAGUGAUGUUGAUACAAACCGCAUUAAAAUACUUUUUGUUCUCUG